GAAAUUGCAGAAGCAGCUGCAAAGGCCAAGCCACCUGACCCAGCAGCCCAGAGGAGAUUGGCGACAGAAAAGAGGGAGACGGCGAAGGAGGCAGUGAAACCCUCUGACGAGACUUAUGUGGUAAAGCGCCACAAGAGAAAGGGCCAGGCAACGGCUUUUGCCUUGCAUGACCGCAAGGCAAAGAAGCAGCUGUGCCAGCUAUUGGAAACUGUGAUUCCAGACGCUGAAGUCCAAAUGAAUGGCCUGGCAGCUGACUUGAACUCUGGCAAGAUGCAAGUCAAGGAGGUCACCGACAUUGUUGAGCAGAUCAAGAGCAACAAGCGCCCUGAAGGUUAG